UGGCUGGAUAAGACAUACUGAUUGCGCAAUGCUGAGUUACCAGGAGGCUGUGAAUUUUGCUUCUGAUGUGUUAAAGGUUUCUGUGCAUCAAAAAGAGAGCUCCUUGAGUCUUUUAAAUGAACUCAUUUUUGCUUUCUAUGAAAAUGUUCCGUUUCAAAGUGUGACUUUACAGGCCAUACCACUGGAGAAAAGGAGACAACCAACUUUAGAAGAGGCAAAAACUGAGGUACUUUCAGGACGUGGGGGUCUCUGCUACACAGUUAACACUUUUAUGAAAUAUUUCACAGAGGCACUGGGAUUUAAUGUGCGCCACAUUUGCAGCUCAAUCAAAACAAACAACGAUCACAUUAUGACGAUAGCAGAAAUCGACAAUGAGAAAUAUCUGAUUGACGUUGGAAGCGGCUACCCAACAUUUGAAGCAAUUCCGAUUAAUUUUGAAAAAGAAUCAAAAGUAUACCAGCAUUCCUUCCUCGAGUAUAAAUUUGCAAAAGAAGAGAAGGAUGAGUCUUUAAUGAUCAUUCGUCUACAUAAGAAAGGUGACUUUAGACCAGGCAGUGAUGCAGCAACAACUAGUGCCAGCUGGAGAGUUGCAUGUAUCAUUGAUCCUAUGCCUCGUGAUCUCUCAUUCUUUGAUUCCUCCAUGUCACUGAUCUAUUCUUCUUCUGAUCAUUUAGUUUUUCAUACUAGCUUACGAAUCAUUCUAUUUCCAAAUGGUGGGCAAGCACUUGUGCUUCGUGACAAGUUACUCUACAAAGAAGACAGCAAUACUCACGAGCUGGUCAUUAAAAAAGAAUUUGAUAACUUUUCUGAUAUUAUUGAAGAAAUCAAAACAUUGUUUCCAUUACUUUAUGAUGAAGCAAAAAAGAUUGUUAACUAAAAUUUUAGUUAUUCUUUAAAUUUCUACU